AUGUCCACGUCGUCCUCCUUCGACUCCAACGCACCAGCAACAAGACUCUUGUACUUAGCAGCGGCCUCGUGGUCGCUCUCCUCCGAGUCAGAAGCAAGAUACGCCUUGAAGUCCAUGUCGUCGAUCUCUUUCUGCGAAAACGCUCUUGAGGCCAUAGUCACUCGCUCCGCAGGAGUCUCGUCCCAAGUUAGCUUGACCUUCGAGUGCUGCAACGCGUCUGUGGUGAACGCAUUUGGUCUGUACUUGGCAGGGAUCUUCAGACACUCGUCGCGUGGGGCGUCGUCAAACGUCAUGUCUUCGGGAACAUACCGAAGAUCGAAAUGGUUCGCCGUCGACUCAUACUCUGUGCCGUCACAGCUCUCUUUCUUGGCAGCCUUGGCCAUGUCCAGCUCGUCGUCGUCGUCCGAGUCGCUCUCCACCUUCUUUGAUUUGAAAAGCUCUUUUGGCGGACCCUCGAUCUCCUCCUGCUGCAUUCGCUGCUUGCCGUAUUCGGAAGGAUAUAUCGAAACAGACAGAAUCUUUCCGUCUUUUGGAACAAACCCAAUAAAGGUAGCAAACAAGUCUGCGGACGUUAUAUGGUCCCAGUCGAGAUUCACCACUGCAAACGUACUUGUAGGCUCUCCUUCUGGAACGCCCUCCUGGGCCUCCUCGUCAUCCUCCUCGUCUUCGCUGACAACCUCGCUGUCGCUGUCACUCUCCUCGGACUCGGAGUCCUCAGAAACCAGUCCUCUGGCCCGGUCGAGAACGCUCGUAGUGGUGUCGCUGGCCUCACUCUCACUCUCGCUCUCACUUUCGUCCUCCUUCUUGUAG